AUGGCGGCCCUUUCCGCUUCUUUUUACCUCGCUCUUCCUCACCGUCUCUCUCAGUUACGAUGUUCUGAUCAUAAACCUUACCACAAGCGAUUAGAGCUUCUAAAGCCCCUCAGGAAAAAGUAUGAGCCCUCGUAUUUUGUCAGAUCAGUUCUAGACAGCAGGACACCCUCGAGCAUCAACGACAAUGGGGCCACCGAGCCUGCAAGGAUUCUCCUCGAGAAACUAUUCGCCCAGACACAAAAGCUCGAGGAGCAAAUAGGGCGGGAUCCCAACUCACCCCACGCAGCCGAGCUCGGCUUGAACUUGGUCAAGCUGGAGUCUGAUCUUCAGGUGGCCCUCUCAGCAUUGAAGAGAAAGGAAGAAAGCCUUCAGGAAGCCGAGAGGAAAGUCUUGUUGGAGAUCGAUGAGCUUAAUAUUGCCAGGCGAGAUUUAGAGAGACGGGAGGAGGAAAUCGCGGCUGCCAGGCGGAAGCAGGGAAAGCUAGAGGAGGAGCUGAGGCUAGCGAAUUUAGAGUUAGCUUCUCAAUCUGUAGAAAUUGGGAAUCUUAAAAUUAGCUUGAAAGAGAGAGAGAAGGAAAUUUUGGAUCUGCAAUCAGUACUGUCGGGCAAAGAAGGGGAAAUCAUGAAGAUGGAGCAUGAAUUGACUAGCAUGAGCGAAAGAGCUGCGGUUUUUGAAUUAGAACUCUUGUCCAAGUCGAGACUCGUGGAGGAAACUAAUAAAAUUGUUGGGAAGCAAAAAAUUGAGCUCGGGAGGCUCCAGAGUGAAAUCCGGCAGAAGGAGAGUGAAUUAGAAGUUUCAAUUGGAUUACAGAAGAGCGAAUCCGAGAAGUUGAAAUCUGCAGAAGCUAAGUUAAAGAAGCAAGCCACGGAUUGGCUGGUGACUCAGGAGGAAUUGAGAAAGCUGACCAAUGAGACUUCUAAUCAGGGCCUUGACGCAAAUGAGGCUGUGGAAGAGUUUGGAAGAGUGAGAAAGCUUCUUGUGGAUGUGAGGUCCGAGUUGAUUUCGUCCCGGGAAGCUCUAGCUUUGUCAAGGGAAAAAAUGGAAGGUCAAGAUAGGCUGUUGGAAAAGCAGCUUUCAGAACUUGAAGAGCAAAGGACGACCGUCAUGUCAUACCUGUCGAGCUUAAGAGAUGCCGAAGUUGAAGUGGAGAGUGAAAGAGUGAAACUAAAGCUUGCUGAAGCUCGAAACAAGGAGCUCAAGCGGGAUUUAUCAUUGGAAAAGGAACUUGUUGAGGAGUUACAGGAUGAGUUGGAUAAAGAGAGAUGCUCUUUAGAACGAGCAGUUCAAGAAAAGUCAGCUCUUCAGGAGGAAAUCGAGCGCAAAAUGGCUGCAUUCGGAGAAUUACAGAGGCUUCUUGAGGCUAAAGAGUCGGAGUUAGUCGAGGCAAGGCUUGAAAUCCAGAAUUUGAAGUCCGAACAGUGCUCCCUUCGGCUCAUACUCGAAGAGAAAGAAAUGGAACUCUCAGAUGCGAAGAUAAGAUUAGAGGAAGUGAAUAAGGAGAUCUCGGAACUAAAGGGGGUCUUGCUAGACAAAGAAGACGAUCUUAUUCGAGCAAUGUCCAUGCUGAAGGAGAAAGAUGAGCAUGUCCAGAUAGUGCAGACCGAGCUAAUGGAUGCCAAUUUCAAAUUUUCGGAAGCCAAGUUGGUGGUGGAGAAGAUAGUGAAUCUCACCAAUGAAAUUGUUAACGACGAAGCAUAUACUGUACUAAGCCCACUCGAACAAGAAUAUGACGGGUUCUCUACUGGUGGUUUCAAAUGGCAGAUAAAACGGCUCGAAGCCGAACUCGAGUUUACCCGGGAAAGUCUCAGAGCUAAGGAAAUGGAAAUUGUUACGGCACAGAAGGACCUCGCCAUGAAAGAUGAGGAGCUGAGAAUGGUGCUAUCAGAAUUGAAUUCAAGAGAGAAGGAAAUUACAGAGAUGAAGGAAGAAAUUAUGCGGGAAAAUGAAGAUUUGAGAAAACUGUACGCGUUGGCACAGGAGACGAUCGGCGAAAAGAGCGUGGGUGAACUUGCUAUUGAGAAACUUCAAUUAGAAGCGGCUCGGCUGGAAGUUGAAGCCGCUACAAAUGCACUGUGCAAAAUCACUGAAAUGAGUCGGGAGCUUCUGGGUAAAGCUGGCUCGAGUGUUGAGGAUGAGUGUGAUGAAGACCUAGCCGAGCAGGGUGGGUCCCGUGGUUGGAUGAACACGUCUAGCAACGAGUGUCCUGAGGAAGUUAAGUCGGAAGUUUCACGGCUUUUUGCUUUAACACAGCAUCUUGUGAAAGAAGCAGGUAUUGCGGGCAACAUGAGUACGCAAUAG